AUGCCUCCCAAGAAAGUGUCCCUAAAACUCGACAACAACACGCUUGUGAGGACCGCCGUUACCAAUCAAAUCAAUCUCGCUGAUGAGUUUAAGCAAAUAUGGAAUAAACUUGAUCAUGAUCGUUUCAUUGAGGAUAUGGGUGUUGGCAACAGAAACGCAGCUUCUAAAAGGUAUAAGAGAUGGGCAGCCGGAAUCGUCAAGUCAAGUGUUAAAUCGCACGGAUAUGAUACAGAUACGACCGACACUGAGCACAAAAUUGAACCGACUGAGAAGGCUGUGAAGGAGGUCUGCGCACCACCAACGAAGAGAGAGACCAAAAGAGAAGGGAGCGUCCCCGCGUCAACAAAGAAAGGCGCAGGAAAGAAAAAAGCUACUGGUAAGAAGAAGAAGAUAGAGGAUGAAGGCUUGACUGAAGAAUGA